GAAAGAGACAGAGAGUUGAACUGCAUAUCGACCGCUUUAUAUGAAUUUUGGGAUUACAGAAAGUGGAUCGUCCGGUCCUUUAGAGAGAGAAAGAGGGAGCUUAAAAAAGAAUUUGUCUUUUGCUUCUUUUGUAUUCAAUUCUCUCUCUUUCUCUCUCUCUCUGUGAAAUUAUAACCGACUAUCUCUCUAGACCCAUCUAUGUAUUGAUGGUGAGGAUCAGAAGAUGAUGGUCAGAGUUGAAAAAAGAGCUACAAGUUUGUUUCAUCAUUAAUGGGUUUCUCAAGAGGUGGCGUUGUUGAAGAAGCAGCUGAUCAUCAUCAAGAAAGCAAGCUUGUUUCUUUCAUGGCUUCCAAUAAAGGCAAUACUAACCACUCAAGCUCAACCCAAGUACUAGCAGACCAACAAAACCAACUACACCAACAACAACAACUACUACUACAUCAAACUCAUCAGCAACAACUCCAAGAUCAUCAUCAUCUUCAUCCUCAUCCUCAUAUUUCUUAUGGAAUGAUGCAAUCAUCUUCAUCAUCAUCCACCAUUCCCAGCAACUUCAUAAGCAAAGAUCAUGGAGCUUAUGAUUUGGGUGAGUUGGAUCAGGCUAUCUUUAUGUAUCUUGAUGGCCAAGACCACUCAACUGUUCAAGAACCAAGACAGAAUUCUGGGAUGAGGCCACCAACUUUGAAUAUUUUCCCUUCUCAGCCUAUGCAUGUAGAGCCAUCAUCAACCAAGGCAAGUGUUGGAUUAGUUUCAUCUCAACAAACUAACAAUGGUCCAAAGAGACCAUCUGAGCCAGCCAGGGAGUUGUCUAACCAAAAAAAUGUUGUUGCCACUGGUGGACCUGAAGCACCAGCCAAAGCUAUCAAGCGUGAAGGAAACCGCAAAGGUCCAACAUCAAGUUCUGAGCAAGAAGGACCCAAAACACCAGACCCCAAGACAUUGAGGAGACUUGCUCAGAAUAGGGAGGCAGCUAGGAAAAGCAGGCUUAGGAAAAAGGCUUAUGUUCAGCAGCUAGAGUCAAGUAGGAUCAAGCUUACGCAACUUGAACAAGAACUACAAAGGGCUAGAACUCAAGGUGUGUUUUUUGGGGGAGGUGCUGUUCUAGGAGGUGACCAAGGCCUUCCAGUCAUUAACAACAUAAGCUCAGAUGCUGCCAUGUUCGACAUCGAGUACACUAGGUGGCUAGAGGAACACCAUCGGCUAAUGUGCGAGCUCCGAGCAGCGGUACAAGAGCACAUACCGGAGAACGAGCUUAGGCUAUUCGUGGACAAUUGCUUAGCACACUUUGAUGAGAUGAUGAACCUGAAAAGCAUGAUCGCCAAGUCCGACGUGUUUCAUCUUGUUUCAGGCCUGUGGAAGACUCCAGCUGAACGAUGCUUCAUGUGGAUGGGGGGGUUCCGGCCAUCCGAGGUCAUCAAGAUAAUUGUGAAUCAAGUGGAGCCAUUGACGGAGCAACAGAUAAUGGGUAUCUGUGGAUUACAACAGUCGACGCAGGAAGCUGAAGAAGCACUGUCUCAAGGGCUUGAAGCUCUGAAUCAAUCUCUAUCAGACACCAUUGCUUCUGAUUCUCUGAGCUCAUGCCCUCCUAACAUGGCCAACUAUAUGGGCCAGAUGGCCAUUGCCAUGAGCAAACUCUCUACUCUUGAAGGUUUUGUUAGACAGGCUGAUAAUUUGAGGCACCAAACAAUUCAUCGGCUGCACCAACUACUGACGACCCGCCAAGCCGCAAGGUGUUUUUUGGCAAUCGCCGAGUACUUCCAUCGCCUUCGAGCUCUCAGCUCCCUCUGGAUGGCACGGCCACGACAAGAUUAAGAGGGAAAAAAAAAAUUGAAAAAACAAAGAAAGAGGGAAAGAAAAACCCUAGCUACCUUUAUAUAUAUAGAUAUAUAUCUUCUAGUAUAACUACUUCCUCCUCAACAUUAUGGUUUCUCUUAUUUUCCUUUUCAAGAUAGAUGUAUAGAAAUAGACUAAACAUAAAUAGAUUAAGAUUAUAACAUUAAAGUAAA